AUGGCAAGUGAUAAAAAAUCCCUGCAUCCAGCCUUUGCUAUGACAAACAUAAAAACCCUAAUCCAUGUUCUCCUUGAUAUCAAACAGGAUGAAUAUUCUUCAUGGGUUUUUCUCUUUAAACUACAUCUUCAAGAUCACGGUCUUCUAUUCCUCAUUGAUGGAUCCGCACCACCAACGGAGAUUGACAAAAAUAUCUUGACUCAACUCGACGCUUUGUGCCGUCAAUGGAUGUUCUCCACCAUGGCCAAGGACUUGAUGCUCACGGUUUUGAAAUCCGGAAAAACCGCUAGAGAACUUUGGGAUCAUCUUCAAAAGCUUUUUCAAGAUAACAAAGGUAAUCGUGCUGCAACCCUUGAAAGUAAAUUUGUCAAUCUAAAUUUUGUUGAUUGUGCUAGCAUUGAUGACUACUGUGACAAGCUUAAGUCAUUGUCGGAUCGAUUGACUUAUCUUGACUUCCCCAUGAAUGACAAACGGUUGGUUAUCCAACUUGUCAAUGGUCUUACGGAGGAAUACAAUACUGUUGCGUCCUUCAUUCAACAGUCUAUGCCAACGUUUGAUGCUGCCCGUUCACAACUGCGCACCGAAGAAAUUAGUCGUACGCAACAAACCUCCAUGGCGUCUUCUACAUCCCUAGCAGCCACCGGUUCCUCCACAGGACAACGUCCUCAGCGCUCCGGCUACAACAAGCGGAAUCAGCACCAUCAACGCCCUCAAACCCAACAGCUUUCAGCAGAACCCCCACUUCUGCCAACCCCGGCCCAGUUCCGUCAGCCCAAUAACCCACGAGCUGCAGUCUACCCAAACCUAGCAUACCCAACACCCUAUAUGCCUUACUGGGCUGCACCUCCAAUCCCAUACCCUACCGUCCCCCACUGGCAACCCACUGCUCCUCUCCGCGGGCCUUCUCCAGCUCGCUCCCGCCAGACCCAACAACGUCCACGAGCUGCUGCCUAUGGACAAGCCCAAGCAUAUGUCAUUCCUUCCACAGAGAUGUUGCAUCCUUCGGACUUUGCGGAAGCUUACAGCUCCAUGAGUCUGCAGUCACCGGACGACACGUUCUAUAUGGAAACUGGUGCAACCUCACAUAUUACUGCGGAUCCAGCUUCUGUCGUGCCCACUUCAAAACCAUCACAGUCUCCUCCCCGUCUCUUACCGCCUGCUCAUAUGAUUCUGGCACAACGUCUUGGCCAUCCUGGACAAGCUAUUUUAGAUAAUUUACGUUCCCACUCUUUAAUUCAAUUGAUUUAUGGACUUGUCCUUCACAUAUUAUACUGGUUUUCGCUAUUAUCUAUAUUGUUGGAUGACUAUACUAAUUAUCUAUGGGAUAUCCCUUGA